AUGGUGCGUCAGCUGCACGACGGUAUGAUAGCGCGAGUCACGGACAACGGAGCUGUCACAGAGGCAUUCGCAGUGACCAACGGAGUGAAGCAGGCAAGCGUGCUGGCGCCUACCCUCUUCAGUCUUAUGUUCUUUGCCAUGCUGAUGGACGCCUACCGCGACGAACGCCCCGGGAUCCGCAUCGCCUACAGGACCGAAGGUCACCUUCUCAAUCAACGACGGACGCACUUCCAAUCGCGCAUGUCCAUAACCACCGUUCACGAACUUCUCUUCGCCGACGACUGCGCCCUGAACACCACCUCGGAAGAGGAGAUGCAACGCAGCAUGGACCCCUUCUCCACCGCCUGCGAGAACUUCGGUCUGGUCAUCAACACACAGAAUACGGGGAUGAUGCACAAACCGCCACCCAACUCAACCACUCUUCCCAACGCGCCGCGAACCAGUGUGAACGGAACCCAACUGCAAGUGGUGGAGAACUUCCCGUACCUGGGCAGUAACAUCUCCCGCAACACCAAGAUCGAUGACGAAGUCGCGAACAGGAUCUCGAAAGCCAAUCAAGCCUUCGGUGGCCUCCAAAGCACAGUUUGUAAUCGUCACGGUCUCCAACUGGGCCCGAAGCUGAAGAUGUACAAGGCCGUCAUCCUGCUGACGCUACUGUUUGGAGCGGAGACUUGGACGGUUUACAUGAAGCCGACUCAACCAUAUCCACGGCCGAUAUUUUUGUUGCAUCCUGAGGCUGAACUGGCAGGACCGAAUCCCCGACACUGA